ACUCGCUCCCUCGCUCGCUCGCUCCCGCCUGGCCAAGGAGUGUGCAAAAGCAAACUUCUGCUUCGGCCGGGGGUUAAAUUCGCAAAGGGCUGGGCGACAGCAGGUGUUGCGCUCAAGUUGUUCGCGGCCGAAGUGUGACGAGCCAGGCGCGCGCUUCCGGGUACGCGCGGCUCUCUGAUCCCAUCCCGCGGCGCGCGGCGCAAGGCACUCGUUCACACCUCGUUCAAACUUCACGCAGUACGAACAUGAGCGAAUCGAUAGAGUUGGAGAAGUUGGAAAGGGCGCAGGAGGGAGCGGGAGAGCCGCUGGAUAACAACAACUGUGGAGAGGAACGCGGUCACGGUGCCAAAGCGCAGGCAAACGUGGAUGGCUUGUGCCCCCCGGUUACCCCAGAAGAGGAAAUCGAGUCACUCUUGCCCGCACAGGGUGCUGCAAGCAAUGGGUCUCAACACACUGCGGAAAGCCACGUCAUGAUCAGCGUUGAUCCACAAACAGUUCAUGCACAGGAGAGCAGAAGACAGAGGAGCAGAAAGAACAAGGAGAUACAGUGGAUCACUGCAAGUCUGAAUGAAAUAGUCUUCUGGAAGCUAAAGUUGUGGAUGAUCAUAGUCAUCAUCUUCCUGGUCAUCGCUCUGGUCAUCAUACUUUCUCUGGUCCUUUGUUCAGUGAUAUAUGAAGACGAGGACGAGAAGUUCGACAGGGACUUGUUCACUGUCCCAAUCUUCUAUUCUGGGACAUUCAAACUGGUCAAUCAGGAGUUCACAGAGGAGCUGCUUUCCACAUUGUCUCCUCAGAGCCAGAACCUGUCAGCCCAACUCAGGGAGAAGCUGUCUGACCUCUACUCGUCCUCUCCAGCCCUGGGACGAUAUUUCUUUGGUGCUGGUGUGUCCUUAUUCAGGUAUGACCCUCACAAGUCUGCUCAUCUGAACACCUGGACACUGAGAACACACAACGUCAGCAUCAUGGCCCAUUACUGGCUGAAGUUCCAGCUGCCCUCAGAGCAUGUUGACCUGUUGCAGUAUACUGUGAGCAAGGAAAUGGUGCUCAAUGUUCUACGGCAACACCUCUAUGACAAGGACACCGACCUUCAGGACUCACUCUACAUAGAUCCCACCUCAUUGCAUAUGGAUGCUGGGCGUAGCAUUUUGACGGAGAAGUGAAAUGUGACCCUGUUUUGCCUUGAAAAGUUUUCAGUACCUGAAAACAUGUUUUAGAAACUUCUCUAAAUAGCGGAGGGCCAUGCUGGAAACCAAAGCUUCUGACCUUCUGCCUCGCCAUUUCCUUCGCGAUUGCUGUAAGGAGCCUGCACCCAAUACACAUUUUCCGUGUGUCUGCACUCUCCAGGAUUUUUUUCAUCAUCAUGAAUUUUAUACUUUUUGAUACAUCCCAGACUCAAGUAUUUUUCACAAUCAUUCAAGGAAAUAUUUGUUUCGUCAGUAUGGUUUUAAAAUAAAAUGGGUAUGUUUUUUGGUUCCACUUUUCCUGUGUGUGAGCAUGCACAUAUGUGUAUAUGCAGAGAUCAACAUGACCUUUGGAUGGCAGGUGUUAAUUUAAAACCUGUAAAUUAUUGAUUGAAUUCCCUUGUCGUAUGUGUUGGUGCCAAAACAAAUCUGGCAGCUUGCAAUUUUACAGUGGAAUUAUUUGAAUGC